AUGCACGCACCGGUUCUUGUUCUCAACGAUUCGUUGAAGCGUGAAUCUGGAAGUAAGGUUCAGCAUGAUAAUAUCAAGGCUUCCAAGGCUGUGGCUGAUAUCAUCCGUACGACAUUGGGUCCUCGCUCUAUGUUGAAGAUGCUUCUUGAUGCUGGAGGAGGGAUUGUUGUUACCAAUGAUGGGAAUGCUAUUCUUCGUGAACUUGAUGUUGCUCAUCCUGCAGCUAAGUCUAUGAUUGAGCUGAGCCGUACACAAGACGAAGAAGUUGGUGAUGGGACGACAUCAGUUAUCGUUCUAGCUGGUGAAAUGCUUCACGUUGCAGAAGCCUUUAUUGAGAAGAGUUACCAUCCCACAGUCAUCUGCCGAGCUUACGUUAAGGCUCUUGAAGAUUCUAUUGCUGUUCUUGACAAAAUUGCCAUGACAAUUGAUGUCAAUGACCGCGCAACAGUACUAGGACUAGUCAAGAGCUGCAUCGGGACAAAGUUCACUAGCCAAUUUGGCGAUUUGAUUGCUGAUUUGGCUAUUGAUGCCACUACUACUGUUGGUGUUGAUCUUGGGCAAGGUUUGAGGGAGGUGGACAUUAAAAAGUACAUCAAGGUUGAGAAGGUUCCUGGUGGUCAGUUGGAUGACUCGAAGGUUCUUAAAGGAGUUAUGUUUAACAAAGAUGUUGUUGCUCCUGGUAAAAUGAAAAGAAAGAUUGUCAACCCACGCAUUAUUCUUCUUGACUGCCCUCUCGAGUACAAGAAAGGUGAAAAUCAAACCAAUGCUGAGUUGGUUAGAGAAGAGGACUGGGAAGUGCUGUUGAAGCUCGAAGAAGAAUACAUUGAGAACAUUUGCGUGCAAAUACUGAAGUUCAAACCUGACUUAGUUAUCACGGAGAAGGGGCUUAGUGACUUGGCUUGUCACUAUUUCAGUAAAGCUGGUGUUAGCGCAAUCCGAAGGUUGAGAAAGACUGACAACAACAGAAUUGCCAAAGCUUGUGGAGCAGUGAUUGUCAACAGGCCCGAUGAGCUACAGGAGUCUGAUAUCGGUACUGGUGCUGGAUUGUUUGAGGUCAAGAAAAUUGGAGAUGACUUCUUUGCUUUCAUAGUUGACUGCAAAGAACCCAAAGCAUGUACUGUACUCUUAAGAGGACCAAGUAAAGACCUCCUCAAUGAAGUGGAAAGAAAUUUACAGGAUGCCAUGUCUGUUGCGAGAAACAUUAUCAAAAACCCAAAGCUCGUUCCUGGUGGAGGAGCCACAGAAUUAACUGUCUCUGCCACGUUGAAACAGAAGAGUGCAACAAUUGAAGGCAUAGAAAAGUGGCCUUAUGAAGCAGCUGCUAUAGCUUUCGAGGCUAUUCCACGUACCCUGGCUCAAAACUGUGGUGUUAAUGUGAUCCGUAUUAUGACUGCAUUGCAAGGGAAGCACGCGAAUGGUGAAAAUGCAUGGACCGGGAUUGAUGGGAACACUGGUGCCAUAGCUGAUAUGAAAGAGAGCAAGAUAUGGGAUGCGUACAAUGUGAAGGCACAAACAUUCAAGACGGCAAUAGAAGCUGCGUGUAUGCUUCUAAGGAUCGAUGAUAUAGUGAGUGGUAUCAAGAAGAAGCAAGCUCCUGGAGCUGGACCUUCAAAGCCUACCAUUGAGACAGAAGGAGAUGCUGACAACGAGCAGAUUCUUCCUGACUAA